AGCAACCCGAUGUGGAAGCAGUUCUCUCUUUUAGGCGAGAAAACAAAACGCAUUUUAGAACAAAUAGUCGGACAGACAGUAACAACUAGGAAUGGCCUGCGCUAACACUUUGUGGUCUGAAGAGAACUUUUCAUGUUCCAUCUGUCUGGAUGUGUUCAGCAGUCCAGUUACCACCACAUGUGGACACAACUUCUGCAGAACCUGUAUUACAAAGUUCUGGGAAGGACAAGUCCAGUACAAAUGUCCUGUUUGCAACAAGCUUUUCAACACAAGACCUGAUCUACAGGUCAAUACCUUCUUAUCAGAGCUGGCUGCUCAGAUUAGAACAACCGUACGAGUGAAAGAGCAGCCUUGUGUUGAACCAGCAGAAGUUCCCUGUGACGUCUGUACUGGGACCCAGCAGAAGGCUGUGAAGUCCUGCCUAAUGUGUUUUACCUCUUACUGCCAAACCCACCUGGAGCCACAUCAGAGAGUCGCUGGCCUGAAGAAACAUCGGCUGGUCGAGCCUAUGGACCGUCUGGAAGACAGGAUGUGUAAGAAACACGACCGACUUCUGGAGCUCUUCUGCCAGACUGAACAGGUGUGUGUGUGUCAGUUCUGCACAGAGGCAGACCACAAGUCCCAUCCUGUUGUACCUCUAAAGGAGGAAUAUGAAUUGAAGACGGCCCAGCUGGGGAAGAUAGAGGCUGAAGUUCCGCAGACGAUCCAGGAGAGAAAACAAAAGAUUAAGGAGAUCAAAGACACAGUGGAACUGAGCAACAAAGACGCAGACAGAGAGAUAGCCCAUGGUGGGCAGGUCUUCACUGCUCUGAUAGGCUGUGUUGAAAAGGGCCGGGAUGAAUUCAACCAAACGGUGAAAGAGAAACUGAAAUCCACAGUGAAACGAGCUGAAGACCUCAUCAAAGAGCUGGAGCAGGAAAUAGAAGAUCUGACCAAUAGAAGCUCAGAGGUGAAGCGGCUCUCACACACUGAAGACCACCUCCACUUCCUCCAGACCUUCAGAUCCCUGAAGGAUCCUCCACCCACCAGGGACUGGACCACGGUGGAGGUCCGUCCUCCGUCAUACGUAGGGACCUUGAGGAGAUCCCUGGAUCAGCUGGAGGAGACACUGAUCAUGGAGAUGAAGAAGCUGCCUGAUGAUGCUGAACUGAAGAGGGUCCAGAAGUAUGAAGUAGAUGUGACUCUGGAUCCUGAUACAGCUUAUCCCAGUCUCAUCCUGUCUGAGGAUGGGAAACAAGUACAUGAUGGAGUUGUGAGGAAGAAACUCCCACACAACCCUAAGAGAUUUAAAUUGUAUGCACGUGUUCUCACAAGGCAGAGCUUCUCCUCAGGGAGAUUUUACUUUGAGGUCCAGGUUAAAGACAAGACUGACUGGUGUUUAGGAGUGGCCAGAGAGUCCAUCGACAGAAAAGGUGAUACAGAGUGGACCCCUGAGACGGGUUACUGGACUCUGGACUACAACCUGGGUGUGAUGGUAUUUAGUGAUAACCCUUCUGUCCAUCUCCCUCUGAGAGCUGAGCUCCAGAAGGUGGGGGUGUUUGUUGAUUAUGAUGAGGGUCUGGUUUCCUUCCAUGAUGUGGAAGCCAGGGUUCAUAUCUACUCUGCUACUGGCUGCACCUUCACUGAUCCUCUCUAUCCAUUCCUCUAUGAUGGUGACAUAAACUCUGCCCCCCUGAUCAUCUCACCUGUCAAUCAAACAGACUAGGACCUUUGUUUGAUAAUAAAAUAAUCAAACGACCAAAACAACUAAUGUUGUUUCCUGAAUUAGAAUAGCAUUAGGAUCUCUACUAUUUGAGAUCUCAGAUAUCUGCAUUAAUGUCAUACUGCUGUCAUUUAACGAGGAGAAUAUUUUUAAGAAUUAACCCUGUAGUUGUGUAACAACCCUUUAUAAAGGGUUAUACACUCCUUUGAUGUGUCUGUUUUCCCUUUAUUUCUUUUACACGUUUAAAGAUAUACCAUUUUUUACAGUUAUGUAGAAAAUGUUCAGAGGAUUAACUUGUAUAAAUAAUAAUUUGAAAAUGGAAUAUAUAUCUGGAUAUUGAAUGACAAAAAAAUCCAAUGUCUUACACUUGUGAUUUUAAUAAAAAGAAAAGUCAAAUAUUGUAAUGUGUGGCCUGUAUUAUCAUUGUAAUGGAUCAUUUCAGGGGAAUAGAUUGAAGAUAGAUUGGAGAGCUGAGCUCCAGAA